CGAAAUUGAGACUACAUAUCAAUUACACGGUUUACAUUGAUACAAUCAUAAUUACAGGGACGAAAUUGAGAUUUUUUUGAUCAUCUUGCCCCAUUGGAGAAGCGCGGGAAACCAAGCUAUACUUUACCUUCCUGUCUCGAUCAUCGUCCCCAUUUUUCGCCCUUGAUAGGUUUUUCCUCUUCCCCGCCGACGCCUCCAGCCCUCGGCGUUUUCUCUCGACGGCGAAGCGAACAAAAUGGAGUUCGCUCUUAAGAAAUUUUUUGGAUACUCGACCUUCCGCCCGUACCAAAAAGAGAUCAUUGAGACAAUUCUGGAGGGAAAGGAUAGCUUGGUUGUCAUGGCCACCGGAAGUGGGAAGUCAUUGUGCUAUCAGGUUCCGCCACUGAUUGUGAAGAAAACAGCUGUAGUCAUAAGCCCUCUUUUAUCUCUGAUGCAAGAUCAGGUUAUGGCUUUAAGACAGCGAGGCAUUAAGGCCGAACAUCUCUCCAGUGCUCAAACUGACUCUAGCGUGCAACGUAGUGCUGAGAGUGGUCAAUUUGAUAUUCUGUACAUGACUCCAGAAAAGGCGUGUUCAAUUUCUAACAGUUUUUGGUCGAAUUUGCUAGACAGGGGAAUUUGUCUAUUGGCUGUUGAUGAAGCGCAUUGCAUUUCAGAGUGGGGCCAUGAUUUCAGGGUGGAAUACAAACAGCUAUGCAAGUUACGCAGUACUCUUCCAAAUGUUCCAUUUGUUGGAUUAACAGCAACUGCGACUGAAAAGGUUAGGAAGGAUAUUAUGAAUUCACUUAAGAUGAGAGAUCCUUGUGUUACUAUUGGCUCCUUUGAUCGCAAGAAUCUUUUCUAUGGAGUCAAAUCUUUCAGUCGUGGUGCUUUAUUUGUGGAUGAGCUUGUUGGAGAAGUCUCUAAAUGUGUGGCAACUGCUGGAUCAACUAUUAUAUACUGUACAACCAUCAAAGAUGUUCAACAGAUUUUCGAGUCACUUCUCAAGGCAGGAAUUAAAGUUGGAAUGUAUCAUGGUCAAAUGGGUAAUAAAGCUCGCGAGGAGUCACACAGAUCAUUUAUCAGAGAUGAAUUUGAUGUCAUGGUUGCCACUAUUGCCUUUGGCAUGGGUAUUGAUAAGCCAAACAUAAGGAAUGUCAUGCAUUAUGGCUGCCCAAAGAGUUUAGAGUCCUAUUACCAAGAAAGUGGGCGAUGUGGUCGAGAUGGCAUUGCUUCUAUGUGUUGGCUUUAUUAUACGGGAGGCGACUUUGGAAAAGCUGACUUCUAUUGUGGAGAAGCAAGCUCGGAAAGUCAAAGAACAGCUAUUAUGGAGUCGUUUAUGGCUGCAAAACGUUAUUGCAUGCUUACAACUUGCAGAAGAAAAUUUUUGCUGGACUAUUUUGGGGAAAAAAAUGCACCUGACAAAUGUGGAACUUGUGAUAACUGCACCACCUCAAGGAAGGAAAGUGACAUGUCUAGAGAAGCAUUUCUUCUAAUUUCAAGCAUUCAGUCUUGUGGGGGUAAUUGGGGCCUCAAUAUGCCUAUAGAUGUUCUUCGUGGAUCUCGAGCCAAGAAAAUUAUCAAUGCUCAGUUUGACAAGCUUCCACUUCAUGGGCUUGGGAAAGAGUUAUCAGCAAAUUGGUGGAAAGCUCUAGCUUACCAAUUAAUUUCUCAUGGUUAUUUGACCGAGACAAUUAGAGACACAUUUAAGAUUGUAAGUGUCAGUCCUAAAGGAUUGCAGUUUCUGAGAUCUUCCAAACCUGAUGAUCAACCUAUGUUGGUUCUGCCGGUGACUAGUGAAAUGUCUGGUGAUGAGGAACACAGAAACAAAUUUAGUGAAUUUGGAGAGGUCAAUGGUUUGGCUCCUUCAAAAUAUGAGGGUCUGUCAGAGGCUGAGGGACAACUCUAUAACAUGCUCUUGGAAGAGAGAAUGAAGCUUGCAAGAGCUGUUGGAACUGCUCCUUAUGCUUUAUGCGGUGAUCAAACAUUGAAAAAGAUAGCAUUGACGAGGCCAUCUACUAAAGCGAGGCUGGCAAACAUUGAUGGUGUCAACCAGCACCUUUUGACGAAGUAUGGGGAUCGUUUCAUUCAAAGUGUUAAAUCUCUAUCGGAACGUUUAAACCUUUCGUUAGACGGGAUCACGGAAAUACAACCUACUAUUGCAAAAUCAACAAUGCAUGCAGUACCAAAGCCGGACAGAAAAAUAACACCAGCCAAAUAUGAAGCUUGGAAAAUGUGGCAUGAGGACGGUCUCUCGUUUCAAAAAAUUGCUAAUGUUCCUAGUAGACCAGCUCCAAUAAAAGAAGGAACCGUUGCCGGAUAUGUUGUUGAUGCUGCCCUAGAAGGAUAUCCAAUUGAUUGGGCCAGACUCCUUGAGGAAAUGGGACUAACAUGUGAGAUUUAUGGACAUAUACAGACCGCCAUCCUAAAAGUUGGUUCAAAAGACAAGUUGAAGCCUAUCAAAGAUGAGUUACCAGAAGAGAUAACUUAUGCACAUAUCAAGGCAUGUUUGGCAAUGCAAGAUUUGGGGAUGUCGCCAGAAGAAGUAAUUCCACCUGGUCACCUCUCUAGCUGCAGAAGUAAUGAGACAUCGGAUUUACUACAGAAAUCCAGUCAUCCAUGCCACGUGGAAGGACCUUGUGAAUCUAAAAGACCAGCUGGAAACUUUGCUGGUCAUAAUUUUCUGGGUAACUGUAACGGAGCAGACUCUGCUCCGCUGGUCUAUGACGAUGAUCUGCUUUCACUAAGCAAACGCCAAAAGGUGAAUGCAGCAGAAGAAGACCCUCUUGCAGUGGGGGCAACAGAGAGUUCAUUGUUAAACUGGAUUAAGAACUACGAUCAAGGAGUUUCACUUUCUGAUAUUUUGAAGCACUUCUAUGGAUCUGCAGAAGAGUCUGUGCUUGAACUGCUGAGCUGCCUUGAAAGUGAGUUUAUGAUAUUUAAGAAGAAUAACAUGUAUAUACUUUUGUAACAUAUCUAUGCUUGGUUCGUCAAGAAUUGGACUUCAUGUUGUUUGAAAAGGAGAAUUUUCGGUAGCUAGUACAACCCGUUUAAAGUCUAAUGGAUGUACAUGACUCUUCUUAUGGCAAAUUGCUCUCUCUC